AGCUGACAUUGAGCUGUAUGUAUAGCUGACUGCUAAUGGAAUGUUGGAUGCCCACGUUGUGCACAGGGCUCCAUAGAAUCAGAUUUGUCAUAAUUUGAAAUAUUGUCAUCCAAACGUGUGGAAGUAAAGAUGUCACAAUCUUCAGAACCUUCGGGUGUAAAAAGUGAGGCUCCAAAAGAGAAGGACUAUCGUACCCCUGGAUUAAGAGGAGUGAAAACUACGACUCUCUUUCGAGCUGUGAAUCCGGAGCUUUUCAUCAAACCUAAUAAACCAGUUAUGGCGUUUGGACUUCUAACAAUUACACUGUGCGUUGCUUAUAUUGGUUACUUACAUGCAACAGAAGAAAAUAAAAAAGACGUUUAUGAAGCUAUUGACAGUGAAGGAACACGGUACACAAGAAGGAGAACCUCCAAAUGGGAUUAAACUGAACUUUGGGUAUCAAUUAUGCACAUUUAAUAUUGUAUUAUAGUAAAUGACAUCUAAAUGUUAUAUUUUGAUUAUAGACAUGGUCAGGUGGCAAGACUCUGUUUCUUUUUAAUAAGACAAUGAUAUUCAUGGAAUUAAGGGUUGCUGUGCUUUGAGGUACAUGCGGUGUGAACCAAAAAAAAUAAUACAUUGCAGGGGUUGUAUUGAUGUAGAUUAAAGGAGGAGAUUCACAUAUUUGUUUUAAUAUUUUUUCACUUUGAUAAUCCUCAUCAUUUUAAAUCUUAAUGGAUAUUUUUUUUUUUUUUUAAUCAUCAGAAAGGUAGUUCCCCGUUAGUACAUCACUGUAUAAUUUCCAAAGUUUCUGUUAAUUAAUGCAAUCAUCUCAGGCUAUACACGAAUCCUCUGUUUUAUCGAAUAUCCUAAAAUGUAAACAAUACUGUUCGACUCUUCCUGUUCACCAAUAGCCAUACUAAACUUAUACUAAAUUUGUGUACCUCCAGAGUAUCAGUCUCUUUACCCUGUUAUGGUCAGAGGGUUUCAGAGAUUCGUUCCAUUCAUGACCUAUUUCUUUUUGGCACUUCUGCUAUAUGUUUAUUUUACUGUAAUUUAAUGCUUUCUCUUUACUGGACUUUUAGGGCUUUCUUCUGACAACAUAUAUGUAUAAUUAAAGUGAACCUGUUGUGACAAAAAGUCUACUAAACUGAAAUUUCGCCCAUAUAUAUUGAAUACACCAUAAAUCUCAAAGAUACUAUGUAAAAUAUAGGGAUUUACUCACCUCUUCUCCGUUCCAGCGCUGCCAGCUUUAUGGGCGUUACUGUUUGUGUAAUAACCACUUCCGGGCCAUCCUCCACUCCGGCUCUUGUGUUCUUUGAUUUGCCCUGCUUGGAGAUGCAUCCCCAAGCAAGGCAAACUUCCACAGUGACAUCGGCACUCUAGCCUUGUUUCUAGCGUGCCAGUUUCAAAAUGAUGCUGGCUAGGGAGCUUCCAUAGCAACCACAGCACGUGUGGGAGGUCUUUUAUACUCUCCUUUGUCUAACAGCUGGAAGAAAAGCCUAUAUUUAAAUAGGUUUUUAUCCUCAUUUAUACAUUUGCUGGCAAAACAGCUUAAGCAAUCUAUAGCUAGGGAUUUUAUGCUUAAUCUUAUGAGCAUAACUUGUUUGGGGCAUGACAGGUCCCUUUUAACACAACUGUAAUUAUGGGGGAAAUUCUCAGUUUUGCUCACAAUAACCUCUACACAACUAGUGCAUACAGGAUAGAGAGCCUGAUUGACAGGCAUUGGGUCACUUUGAUAUACUAAUACAGCAAUCUGAAGCUCUGGGCAUCUUGUUAACAUUAUUGCUGGAUGUCUCAUGCAUGUCUCACUACCACCAAAGAAUUUGGAUUGCGACGGUCAUCCCUCUUUGUGGCAUGGUACCAUGGCCAUUGGAUGCCUUUAGCAGCAAGGGCAUGGGAGCAGUCUUUUUCUAGAUUUACCUGCUUGUCAGGUAUCUGGAAAUAGUCAGGUCUCCCUGUGAUCAGGGACACCCAGUUUAAAUUGCAAAGUUUAUACAGUACGUCUCCAGUCAUGAAGGGGUUAAAGCGACAUUCUGAACCCCCAAAGCACUUUAGCUAGCUGAAGUGCUUUAUUUGUGAAGUGUGUGCUUUUUAUUUAUUUAAUUUUUUUUUUCUUCAUUUUCAUUUUACAAAAAGUGCAGAUUUCAAUAGAAAGUGGCACUUUUAUAAAUUAAAUGAGCACUAUAGUAUUACGAAUACAAAGAUGUUUUCCUAACACUAUAGGAACCUUCUACCCCACCCCCUCGAGCCCCUCACCAAGACAAUAUAAUGGGUUAAAUAACCUUUUAAAUGCUUACCCGAUUCCAGCAGUGUAGUACCAAACCGCUGGGUAAGUGUCCUCCUCCGCUCUCAGAUGAUCGGGACAAACCUAUGAUUGAUACAAUGCUUUCCCAUGGAGAUUCUAAAAACGCUGAAAUUCAUCGUACAAAGCAUGAGGACGUCCAGCGUUGUUUCACGGAGUUAAACUCUGUGAAACUGCAGGAUGCAUGUCUAGUGGCUGUGUAGAAAGUAUUAUCCCUGAAUUUUAAAUAGUGCAGUUUCUAUAAAAAUGCAAUGUUCUACAUUGCAGGGUUAAUGGGACAGGAACACUGCGUCCACGCCACUUUAAUGAGAUGAAGUAAUCUGGGUGCCUAUAGUGUCCCUUUAAGCUUGUUACAUCCCUCUGACCUUCAAGCAGACAGCAGGUUCUGUUACUUCCUGAUUUGUAGCUCAGUGGAGCUAAACUCAGAGGCUGGAAAUUGUUUACAGAGCACCUGCUUUGCAAAGAUUUCUCAUUGAGCUGCAUUGGAAUGUCUGUGAUUGGACAGCCACAGAAAAUCUGGUCUGGGAAAGGUGGUGUGGGCUUGCAAAGGCUUCAGAUAAGAGAACUUGCAAACAGUUUUUUGAUAUACUCCAAUGAAAAAAUGCUUAGUUAAAUGCAUGCAUGUUUUAAUCCAGGUUAAAUGUACUAAACCGUGAUUAUAUGUUAUUUUAUAUUUGGGCAGUGGAGUGUCCCUUUUAAUGCCACCAGAUACUUAUUAAAUGGCUUAUAGAAAAUGUAUCCAAAGGUUUUUUGGAAAGGCAGUAAGUAAAAGUUUCCUGGAGCGGUACAUUUGAGGGCACUUAUAUCAAAGCACAGAACAUUUGGAUCCAAGAAUUAUAAGAUUUUUAUUUAUUAGAACAUUCUUCAGAAGACCAUGUUUGCUGUUAGAGAACAUUAAACUGACAAACUCGUUUUUAUGUGAUAUGGCUGAUGAAGGUCUGAAAGCUAUAUGGGCUUAUUUGGCAUCUGUGGUGAGAUGUGCAGUAUGGCUUAAACCCCCCCAAAAUGCUUUGUGCAAGGUAAAUCUUUUAAAGAACUAAAAUUAUUCUAGCUGCCCAUCUAAGAGAAAAGAUCAUGAGCACGGGAUCAUAUACAUGCCCCCUAUACAUGUCACGGGAGGUGGAGAGGUAAGCCGCGCA